CACUUCCGCAUCCCCUUCACACACACUUGUACCCAUGCCCCUACUUAUAGAUACCUUUUAUCCACUUUAACGAUAAUGCCUUAAAGAAGAAUGCUGCGCCAUCUUCCUCCCUGUCUGUCUUCCACUUCUUCUUCUUCUUCUUCUUCUUCUACACUCUCCUCCUCCUCUUCCUAACCCUCACUUCCCAAGUUAACUUCGUGCUCUCACAAUCUGAGCCAUUUUCUACUCCCCCCUUGGUGGGCGCAUAUCUCAAGUCCUCUUCCUCCCUAGUGUAUCCGCGCCCCCUCGUUGCUCGCGUGCCUACUUGACGUUUAUAUUCAAACUAUAUGAUCCCCCUCUCUCUCCGUGCCAGACUCCCUGUCCACAGCUGUCUCAACCCUCACCAUAUAGUAUAAACUUUUGGACCAACGUGCGCCUCGGCUUCCAUAGCAAUAUAUUGGAUCAGCAUCAGCCAAACACCCAUACUGGUUCUACCUCUUCACCGCAGCCAUGACUUGCAACCUCACAAGGACGCCCUGGGAGGUGGACCCCCUUCCUCUAUACUCCCGCGAGGACCCUGAUGCCGCCUCCAUCUACAGUAACAAUGCUCCCUCGUAUGUCUCUGAAACGCCCACCUACACAACCAUCCCGACCCAGCGCCAUAACAACAUGAUCUCCUCGCUUCUGCCUCCCUCCACCGCGAAUGAACGUACCCCAGGCCUACCAGACAUAUCAAACUUCCCGUCCCGCGGAAGCGCCGUCCCAGGAUCUCAAGUGCCCGUCCUCUACACCAACAGCUGGAGGAGCGUGACCUCCAACGUCAACAGCCGACAAUACCUGGCCGUGGCCCGGCGCCGCGCAAACGCAGCGGCCAACACCAACGUGAUCCUCAAUUCCUUCACCGUGGGGUCCUCCACGACCAACCUGGCGCUCAGGGACUCGCGGGAGGGAUCCCCGAAUGCGUCCUCCACAAAUGUGAGCACACAAGCCUACCCCGUAUCCCUUGGCGGCCCCUCGGGCUCAGUGAACCCCCUCGAGGACCCGUAUCUCGUCGGCGAGGACGCCGCCCGGCGCGCCCGGGCCCAGCGCGUCUACCGCGAGAUGUGUCUGUACGAGGAGGAGACCACGCGGCACGAGAGCAGGGGCUGGGAGUUCAUGAUGGGUCAGAUGGUUGACUGGACUGAGCGCGAGCAGAACUGGAGGCAUCUGAGAUCGAGGGUCGCCAACGCGAGACUCCUCACCCGCCGCGUAGGUCUCAGGACCUAAAGAUGGAUGGUUCGAACUUCAAAGGAGGGGCCAAAGAAUGGGCAUCGUAGCUAUGGAUGUCGCCGGAAACGACAACUCGUCAUAGUACCCGUGCGGAAUACGCGCCACUAUUGGCGGGGUUGUUCCUUUUGUUUGUCUCCCUCCGCGGCACC